AUGCCUUUCUUCAGCGGUAAAUGUCUGAGUACAGCCAAGCUGGUUGGCAAGACUGCCAUUAUAACUGGCUGCAACACGGGAAUUGGAAAGGAAACCGUCUUGGAUUUUUAUAAAAGAGGCGCUAAAGUAAUAAUGGCGUGUCGGAGCCUGGACAAGGCGGAAGAGGCGAAAUCUGAUAUUGAGGAGCGUUGCAAGGAUUUAAAAGAUACUGGCAACAUUGUCCUAGCUAAAUGCGACCUCGCCUCUUUGAAAUCAGUGAGAGAAUUUGCAGAGAAUAUUUUAAACACUGAACCACAGGUUAAUAUUCUGGUUAACAAUGCUGGUGUUAUGAUGUGCCCCAAAACUGAAACUGAAGAUGGCUUUGAAAUGCAAUUCGGGACCAACCAUUUAGCACAUUUCUUGCUGACCAUGCUUCUAUUGCCUCGUAUCAGGAACAGCAAGCCAGCUAGGAUUGUAACUGUGUCUUCUAGGGCACAUAUAAGGUAUGGCAUCAACUUUGAUGACUUGAACUACAAGAAGCGCCGCUACAACGCGGCUGAAGCGUAUUCGCAGAGCAAGCUCGCCAAUGUGCUAUUCUCCAGAGAGCUAGCAGCUAAACUAAAGGAGCAUAACAUAGAAGGUGUGAACACAUACAGCCUGCACCCGGGCGUGGUGCAGACAGAGUUGGGUCGUCACUUCAAUGAGACGCUGUUCUGGGGCGCGCGGAAGAUCAUCGGCUUCAUGCUGUACCCGUUCAUGAAGUCAGUGGAGCUCGGCGCACAGACCACUAUCUACUGCGCUGUGGACGAGAAGUGCGCUAAUGAAACCGGCUUGUAUUACGCUGAUUGUGUGCCAACCAACACAUCAGCUAAAGCUGAAAAGGAUGAAAACUGUAAGAAAUUAUGGGACAUGUCAGUCGAGCUGGUGAAGUUGGGAGACUACAACCCUUUCACUGCACCCGAUCCCGGCGUAAAGAACAAUUGA